UGUGAGCCGCUCGGUGUGGAAGCAGGCAAACGUGGCCAGUGACCUGUGGGAAAAGCUGACAGCACGCUGUGUGGACCGCCACAGACACAUGGAGCGGACAUUAGAGCGUCUACUUCAGAUCCAGGCGGCGAUGGAGGAGCUGGCUGUGGCCUUGGAGCAGGCGGAGGGGGUGCGAGACGCCUGGGAGCCUGUGGGAGACCUCUUCAUCGACUCUCUGCAGGACCACAUAGACGCCACCAAGCUUUUUAAGGAGGAGCUGACGCAGGUGAAGGAGGGCAUGAAGCACGUCAAUGAUCUGGCCCACCAGCUGGCUAUCGCUGAUGUCCAUUUGUCGAUGGAGAACGCCGCCCUAGAGCAUCUCAACAGCAGAUGGAAAGUGCUUCAGGGUUCCAUAGAGGAGCGGCUGAAGCAGCUCCAGGAUGCACAUAGGGACUUUGGCCCUGGAUCACAGCACUUCCUCUCCAGUUCAGUGCAGAUCCCGUGGGAGCGUGCCAUCUCCCCGAACAAAGUGCCCUACUACAUCAACCAUCAGGCCCAGACGACGUGCUGGGACCAUCCAAAGAUGACAGAAUUGUACCAAGCACUCGCGGAUCUGAACAACAUCAAGUUCUCAGCAUACAGAACAGCUAUGAAGCUGCGGCGAGUUCAGAAGGCUUUGAGAUUGGAUCUGGUGGCACUGAACGGCCUUGGGGAGGUGUUUCGGGAGCAGGAGCUGCAGCAGGGGGAGCAUGUGAUGGAUGUGGUGGAAAUGAUCCACAGCCUGACGGCUCUGUACGAGAGGCUGGAAGAGGAGAGGUCUAUCCUGGUCAACAUUCCACUCUGCGUUGACAUGUGCCUCAACUGGCUGCUCAACGUCUACGACAGUGCUCGGAAUGGCAAAAUGCGAGUCCUCAGUUUUAAGAUGGGAUUGGUGAGCUUGUGCAAUGCAGACGUCCAGGAGAAGUACAAAUACUUAUUCCGUCAGGUGUCGGGUUCUGGAGGUGUGACAGACCAGCGUCAUCUCAGCCUGCUUCUCCAUGAAGCGAUCCAGAUCCCCCGUCAGUUGGGUGAAGUUGCUGCUUUUGGAGGCAGCAACGUGGAGCCCAGCGUGCGUAGCUGCUUCCGCAUGGCCCCAGGGAAACCUGCCAUCGAGGUGUCUCACUUCCUGGAGUGGAUGAGCCUGGAGCCCCAGUCGAUGGUUUGGCUGCCUGUCCUGCAUCGUGUGGCUGCAGCAGAGUCGACCAAGCACCAGGCCAAAUGUUACAUCUGCAAACAGUGUCCUAUCAAGGGCUUCAGGUAUCGCAGUCUGAAGCAGUUCAAUGUGGACAUCUGCCAGACGUGUUUUCUAACCGGCCGCACUACCAAGGGAAAGAAGCUGCACUACCCCAUCAUGGAGUACUACACACCAACAACCUCGGGAGAGAAGAUGAGGGACUUUGCCAAGACUCUGAAGAAUAAGUUCAGAUCAAAGCAGUACUUCUCCAAACACCCUCAGAGAGGUUACCUGCCCGUGCAAUCUGUGCUGGAAGCUGAGAGCUCUGAGACACCGUGCUCGUCACCCAAGCUGCCCCAUGCAGACACGCACAGCAGGAUCGAACAUUAUGCCAGCAGGUUGGCAGAAAUGGAGAGCCAGAAUUGUUCAUUCUUCACGGACAGCCUGUCUCCUGAUGAAAGUCUGGAUGAAGAUCAGUACCUCCUGCGUCACUCCAGCCCUGCCCUGGACAAUGACUCACCCUGCGGACAGCACAUGCUGUUGGCCCACCUGGAGCACCAGGACAAGGAGCAGCUCCAAUGCACCCUCGCCCGCCUGGAGAACGAGAACAGGGUGCUACAGGGCGAGUACAGGAGGCUGAAGUGGAAGCACGAAGAGGCAGCAUCGGUUCCCAUGCUGACUGAGGCUGGAGAGGGAGGUCCAGGUUCACCCACAGCAGAGGGGCAGCAGGAUGAGGAGCUGCUGGCUGAGGCACGGGUCCUCCGGCAACACAAAACGCGUCUGGAGACACGAAUGCAGAUCCUGGAGGACCACAACAAACAGCUGGAGUCCCAGCUGCGCAGGCUCAGGGAGCUACUGCUACAGCCCAAAGAUGAUUCAGAGGCCAAUGGAUCAGAACCGUCAACUUUGUCAUCUCCUGUGUCCGGAGGGGGACACCACGGGGAGCCGGCCAGCAGGGAGACCACUGAUACUGAAGCAGCAGGAGAUUAUAUGGAGCACGAACAGGACACGGUGCUGCAGCUCCAGGAGGUAAUCGAGCAGCUGAGAAAUGUCUUCCCCUCUGAACCGGGCACCACCUCACACAUCUAACCCUGAGUGGGCCUAAAGGGGCAGGGAGAAAGCCCGUAAGGACGCUUGACGGCCGAGGGAGGAGCUCCAUAUGGCUCAGGUCGGCCACAAUCCACCGGGCGCUGUGACCACUGCAGCAGCUAUGAUACCCAGAGCUUAACCCUCCACUGGAACUCUGUGCACUAAAAGCCUUUUUCAUGCAAACUGCUAAAGGCUCACGCUGAUGUCCGUUUGGCCAGGUCGUGCUUUAAAACUUGCAGUGGCGCAGCCUGACACCAUGUUAACCAGCCAAAGGAAACUAAAGUAAGCAGCAGGUCAGGGAGACUUUGAAGUAAAAGGAAAAUGCUCAGCCAAGACACUGUGUUCUACCAGUAUCUGUGUAGUCAUUCGAGGGUGUGAAGCUUUAUAUCAGUCCACAGCACAAAUUGGACCAAUGAUUUAAAGGACUCUUAAAAAAAAAUGCAAAAAGGAAUGAGAAGAAAAUACCCUUGUUUGGUCGGAAUGCCUCUAUCUUCAGUGUUUGUGUGCGUUUUUUUUUUUCCAUGAAUGUCUUAUCAUGGUUUGUAUUUUUGUUUUUGAAGGGAGGUGGUGCGUUAAAGCUCGCUAGCGUAAACUAGAUCAGGGUUGGGUGAGUCCAUUUCAUGUGGCUGCGUGGUGCGGAUUGUCAGGGAGUUGACAGCAACCACAACAAGCUUAAUUACUUUGUGAGAAUGACACAUCAUGAGUUAAAUCCAUGUUUAUUUAAGACAGCCAAAGUGCCCGCUAGCACAGCGCCUCUGUAUGCACACACUGUGUUUCUCUUAUCCUCCCUAAAUGCUUGUUGCUGUCACUGCUUGCCUCUCCUAAGUGAGCCCCUUACGCACAUGCAAAACCACUUGCACCCGCUGUAUGUGCACACACACACAUGUAUGCUGCUACAUCCAUACUAAUGCACCUGUCCCUCAUUGUGCACAGCUACACAAACUGCUCCCUGCUCGAUCGCUUACACGUGCUGAACUGCAUCCCAGGAACACCGACCUCCAUGAAAAUUGAGCGUCAUUCAUCUCGUUGUCUCGCAGGAUUCAGACAAGCUUUCAGUUUGUAUUGUGACUGAAAUUGGGGGUUUUUGUUGAGGAAAUGUCUUCUGAUAAAUGUCAGACCUCCUCUCUGUAAUCUUUGUCUUCUCCUGCUGUGUGCAAAGAAAGAAGAGGAGGGAGCUCUAGGCAGAAUAGCGUCAGGCUGAAGCUCUCUCUCUCUCUCUCUCUCUCUCUCUCUCUCUGUCUGCAAGGCCAAUUCUAGACACUACAGGGAGUGAUGCAAGGCCGCCAUGACAUGAUAUUCCACUGACUUCUUCCUUAAUGAUCCCCUCUCUUCAUGUAGAUUCGCAAAGAACAGUCACUAUUGACCAACACGCCCAAUUUUCAGUGCUAAUGCAGACUUAAUUGCUUUUAGAUUUACAAGAAGACAAGUAGCUGAAAUGGCUUUGCCCUCACGGUAUCAAGGUCAUUGGGCGCAUUCUGUUUAGACACAGCACAGUCAAUUAAUGCCUUAAAACCAAACUAAAUCCAUAUAAAGUAAGGGUUUAUGGCCUUCCCCCCCCCUUAUGUGCUAUAUUUUCAAGGAAGGAGGUUGCAUCAGCUGCCUAUUUGUGAGUCUGCUUCUGUCACACCCUAGACAGGCUGUAGUUCAUUUGAGGAAAAUUAGACAAGUGUGCGUGAGCAUCCAUUCAUUGAAAACCAACUAAAUAGUGCUUUUAUAGGUUAACCUAUGUUGCCGGGCUGAUGCUUGGAGGGACAAAAGAUCUGAGAGAUAAGAGGAAAGGUGGUAGAGAGGGAAGAAAAAUACAAUCCAUUUAUUGCUCGAGGGCUGGUGGGAGAGAUCCACUUUGAUGUGCCUGCCACAGCGAGAAAUCUCCAGAAGCAAGACAAGAGAUUGCCUGAAACCAGUAAGCUGUGGCUCCGUGUGUUUCUCCGCAAUCACACCACUUGAUUCUCACAGAAAAGACGGGAGAUUUACACAGAAAGGAACUCAUCUUUAUUCUUAAAAAAAAAAAAAAAAAAAAAAAAACACGCUAUGACCUCAUAUACAUGAGUUUGAAACCCAUGUUCCUGCACUCAUUACCCCUCCAGGCACACAGCGCUCACAUUUUGACAUCAUCCUCCCUUCUCAGCACUCAGCCUACCUGUACGUUUAUGAUUCUGUUGCUUGGGAACUGUCCCCCAAGCAUGCAGAAACACAGGUUUGUGAGUCGGUAGUGUGAUAAGCUGUUCUUAAUACAAAUGCUUGUAGCCUUAAGGGAAGCGAAAGUCAGCGCUGCUCCCCUCUUCUCCACUUCCGCUUCCACUGUUAAAGACGAGUCAUUAUCAUCUGUUGAAUCCAUCUCCACUUUAAGUGCAUCUCUCACAAGUCAGAACAAAGGGCAGCAGAAUAAACUCGACAAGCAAUGUUUACUCGUUUUAUUUAUUGGUAGUCACAGAUCUCAUUUCUCAUUGAUGAUCACCCGGCAGCCUCGCACUCCAUUCUGCGGUAUGUGGGCGCACAUAAUGAUGUAACAGUGACGCGUGAAUAAACAGCAGAGGAGGGAUUCCCCAUAGGGCCGCGUGUCAACAUUUGUCAUGUUUGUUUUCAGACAAUAAUGAGGAGGCAGUCUGAAAUGAAUAUAUUUUGUGGUCCCAUGACAGAUUAUUAUACAUCAGUUUUUCCACAUGCUAAACAGACUUUUGUGGUCCUCCAGUUGCACGAGAGUCACACAUCUCAUCGACUUAUCUGAUCCAUGCGCAAGUUCCUUUACCAGUAGCAGCUCCCUAUAUUCCUAACACAUAGUAAAACUCGCCCUGCUCUCUCUUUAUCGCUCUCUGCGGUGCAACUGAAGUUGUUUGAUUGAAGAAGAAGGCUCUCCACGGAGGCAAGAGUCACCCAGAGGACACAGCCAUUUCGCUCCAGUCGUCAUGUAGCCGGCCGACCCGGUAAUGGCUCCAAUCAUUACCCUCCAUGUCUACUGUCAUGUAUCCAAAGCUUAGAAUAAGGACACAUGCGCUUCUCAUGACAGGGCAAUGAAUCACCUAACCUCAAACACCAUGGUGUUUAAAACACUAACACAUAUACACACACACUCAUAACUCACUGGUGGACUGAGGUUACUCAUUUGUUUUUUUUUGUUUUUUUUUAAAUCACCAUUAAUAUACCUCAUUAAUCAUUCAACUGUUUAUUUUUUAACGGGUUUUGAUUUGAUGUUUUUGUCCAGCACUCAAACACUUCUUGCUGUCUUUUCUCUGGAGUUUUUAAUCUGUGAAAAAAAGAAAAAAAGGUUUUCUGAAGAAAGGCUUUUUACUGUAAUAACAAGUGGGUUACUGGCUGCUUUCUACUCUUUGUGUACAGAAAUAAAAAAAACUUUGUAUUUGCCAAA